UAGGGGAAUCAGUCGAUUUGAGUCUCGCGCCACACAUGACUAGGACUUCGAUGUUCAUGUUAUGAUCCGACUCACCACCGCAGCUGCUUUGACACCCGCACCUCGUUUCUUAAGGCCAUAUCGAGUUUCCGAGUACCGGAUCGUACCUUUCGACAAGAAUAAAGCACGGCUUACGCUUGGCCGACGUUCACAGACACCCCUAAACGAUAUAGACUCAUCUGGUUCCAUAUGCCGUACCAGUCCGCAUCACCGUCCAGGCUUGGUCCAGGCGACAAGAUCGGAGAGGGUGACUCAGAGCUCGUGCUAAACAUACUCCCGCCCGAUCUGGCAGAAGGCGCUUUCGAAAGUAUGAGGAAAGAAGUCGAUUGGAACGUCAUGCACCAUAGAGGAGGGGAAGUGCCUAGAUUAGUGGCUGUAGAGGGGGAGGUUGCCGCGGACGGAAGUUUCCCUCUGUACCGGCAUCCUGCUGACGAGUCUCCCGCCCUGCGCCCGUUCUCACCAACCGUGUCACGCAUUCGCGAACAUGUGCAGAAAUUCUUGAAGCACCCCGUUAACCACGUUCUGAUCCAGCAUUAUCGGAGCGGAGCGGACUAUAUUUCCGAGCACUCAGAUAAGACGAUCGAUGUCGUUCGCGGUUCCAAGAUCGUCAAUGUUAGCCUCGGCGCACAGCGUGUCAUGACUCUGCGGCUCAAACGAGACGGAAUAGACGGUCUAGGAAAAGGUACACGUCGGCCAUCCCGGAAACUUCACCUUCCGCACAAUUCCAUGUUUGUUCUUGGUCUCGAAACCAAUGCGAAAUGGUUGCACGCCAUUAACCACGACAAACGCCCGCUGUAUCAGAAGUCACCAGAAGAGCGAUUCAUGAAUGAAGAGCGUAUUAGUUUGACUUUUCGGUAUAUCGGGACGUUCCUCACUGCGGACAAGUCACACAUUUAUGGACAGGGCGCCAAGGGAAAGACAAGGGAGACCGCGCAGCCGAUCAUAAAUGGGACGGAAGAAGCGGUGAAGCUUAUCGAAGCCUUUGGCAAGGAGAACCAGCGGAAUGAUUUCGAUUGGGAGGCUGUCUACGGGGAGGGGUCGGAUGUUUUACAUUUUACCCCACACCAAUGAUACUGCCCCUCAGAGAGAAUUUGCAUGAGGCGAAGUCUGCACUGGAAGGGCUUGAUUCUGCGCCUUUAAAGGAUCUCCUCUCACUUAUAAAUUCAUCGAUUGAAUCACGACGAUGGGAAGUUGACUGUUACCUAUCACAUCCAGUUACUUAAAAAGUCGCGUGGUGCCGCAAAUACACUUUGCGUGCUACUGUUACAUGGUGUUGACCGCUUCUGACAGUUCAGAAUUUAGAACCACUCUUGUCGAUGCAGUCAGUGUCAAUUAUUCCCUUGUAUCCGGCGCGUCGUCCCUGUAGUCCUCACUCAUACUCAGGAGCUGCGCCAUCUCUUGAAUCGACACUUCAAGUUCUUGUUUCGCUUUACCACAGCAGUGCGAUAAUAUAGUAUAUUCUUUCGUCCGAAGGAGGAGCGUGGAUAAUAAGUCGC